UUAAAGAUUUUAUUAAAUGAAAACAAUAACUGAAAGUGUUUAUGAGCCAAAGAGCGCCCCCUGCAGGAUAAAAUUUUCAUUCACAUCUACACAAUGAUGCGGUACAUUUAUUCUGGAUCAACGACAGGUGCAUCGCUUUGUUCCGCCUUCCAAAAAUGCGCAAACGGUGAUUUUUUUCAUGGAAAAAAAACAUACAUAUGAUGUCGAAUAUGAUGUAAGGAACGGUGUUUUAUUGUCCCCAUCGCUGGAAAGCAGCGGUAAGCGCGUCGUUAUGUCUCUUUCUGCGCAUCACGUUCAGCGCGCGCUCGUCUUUUAUUUUAUUUUCUGUAUGAUGAGCGCGGCCGCGACUCGAUCCUCUCCCACAUCCGACCUAAAGUCCAAAAUAUCAGGUGUGGAGGAACUGUUGGAGGAGUUCCGUAAGCAGCUCCAGCAGGAGGAGACGGACUCCGGUGAGUAUGAUGGAGACGCGUGCGUCAGCGAAUUCACGGCAGCGGAGGAGCGCAUCAUCCGGGCGAGCGCAUCUAUCGAACAGGGCGCCGCGUUCCUGUCCGCACCGCCGCGGGUGUUCAGUUGGAGAGAUUGCGUGCACGCCUGCUGCUCGCACCCGCGCUGCACGGCCGCCAUCAUCCAGGAGGAUCAGAAGCAACCGGACGGCAGCCUACGUUGUUAUCUGUUCAACUGCACGUACAGAGGCAGGGACGUAUGCGCGUUCUCCUUUCAGCCCGGCUUUAGCACGUACAGUCGCGCAAACGACAGCGCAAGACCCGACGAGCCCGUCAUCGCGGUCACUGAGCUGCCCGAAACCGCAGCCCGGAGACCUUCACACGGGAGAAACGAGCCUGUGAUACCGGAUUUGGAUGAGCCGCCCCGCAGUGAUGCCGGUCAGGAUCUUGUGGUUCAGUUGCCGACAGACUGGGCCGUGCUGGACGGUAGAGACAGCACUGAUGAUCACGAAAUCACACAUUAUGAAUGGGCUCUUGUCAAAGGAGACCCAUCUGUUCACAUGAAGGUGACUCAUCCGGGUCUUUUGAAACUCAUUGAUCUCAGAGAGGGAAUUUACACCUUUCAGUUAACUAUAACAGAUACAGCGGGACAGAAGAGCUCUGAUAAUGUUUCUGUCAGUGUACUCGCACCUGCACCCAAUGCAGAAGUGUGUACAGGUCAUUGUUCUCGCUAUCAGUUCAUGUGUGAUGAUGGCUGCUGUAUUGACAUCGGUUAUGCCUGCGAUGGAAAGCAGCACUGUCCUGAUCGAUCUGAUGAAGACUUCUGCCAAAACUUUGACAGCGGACGUAAAUCCAACUUACCCUCUAAAAAUGAACCAGAUAUACAACCUGAAGCAGCAGUCCAGACACCCAUAAAACUAAGGACGCCUGAUAUCUCCUAUAAACCUGAACAACACCAACAUUAUGACACUGCAAACCAAGAUCCCUGUUCAGUUCCUCCGGUGGUCGGCCCGUGUAAAGGAGUUUUCCCACGCUGGUAUUAUGAUUCAGUAACGGGACAGUGUCUGCACUUUCAGUAUGGCGGCUGCAAAGGAAACCACAACAACUUUCUGCAGAAGUCUGACUGUGUGAAUGAAUGCAUUCAGAAACCACUAACAAAACAGCAGGCAACUGCGACUUCAUCACCGGUCAUGAAAACAAACACACCUCCCAUUGCUUCAAUUUAUGAAGAGAAACAUCAGUCUCCAUUUCUGGUGCGUCAGAAUUCACCACCGGUAUCUAAAGUACAUCACAUACUGGAAGGACACCCACCACCUGAGUCAGGUGCGAUUCUGCCUCUAGCUUUGGGUUUGAUCAUCAGCGUUCUGCUCUUAUUAAUGGUUGGCUGUCGCCUCUGGCUCGUGCGCCGUCGACUGAAGAAAGCUCUGCCACUUACCACAGAAGAGUCGGAUUACCUCAUCAAUGGCAUGUACUUAUAACUGAACAGACACCUGUCAAUCAACCUGCCAAAUUACGACACUAUAUGUGUGUGUGUAUAGAUUAAAUCUGCUGUAAUCUAUUGAUAAAUAAUUAUUCAUUUAUUUUUCUUUGGAUAACAACAUAUCACCUCAAGGUUUUCCCUCAAAUAUCCCAGUUCACAUACUGUCUGUCCUAUGUAGCGGGCCAGAUUAGCCAACAUCUUGAAUGCUGUGCCUAGAUGACAAACUGGUUUUGAAGAAUUUGCACAUUUCCCACAAAUCCUUGCGUUUUGGGAAGAGGAGGGUUUUGUUUUGGUUCUCUGUUGUUGAAAGUGAUUUUAUGAUGUGAUUGUACAAUCUCUUCAAAUGCAUACUUAAAAGUACAUACUUUCAUACUUACUUGAAGUGUGCAUUUUUGUGUGAAAAUUUUAGCUUUAUUUUUAUGAUGCAUGAUGUAAGCUUUUUCCUUUUCAAUCGCCUUACCCAAAACUUCUGGGCCUUUUUGGUAUAAACAUUUCACUUUAAGUCUGUUUCCUUCCUUGACAUCAUAUUUAAAUCAUGUGUUCAUUAUGUUUCUCAGCGUAUGGCAUAGACAAGAGAUUUAACUAACAGAAGCAUCAACAUUAUCUUAAGGAGAUUUAUAUGGCCCUGACAAGAACUCUUGGAAAAAUAAAAUUGCCUUAUAUGACAGAAUAUAAGAGUUUAAUGUGGUUUUUACUGUGAGAUUAAACACUAGUCUGUAUAAUCUAAUCUUUAGUUACUCUAUAUAAUUGUUUUAAAUAAUAAAAUAUAUCUAAUUGUAAAAAAUUCUUGAAGGUUUGAAAGUAAAUAGAAAAUAAUCAAUUGAAAUGUGAACCAACUUUAAAUAUUCAGAUUUUGUAAUCUACAUGUGAAUUUGGGUUUUUCUUACUGAAAUCAUUAUUAUAGAUGUGAAAGUUCUGCUUUAAAAUAUUGUUUUUUUUAAAAAUCCAUAAAUUAUAUCUUAUUGAACACACAUAAGCAUACUUAUGCAAAAAAAAAACUACCAACAUUUUACAAUAGUUAUGAGACGGCAUUUAUAUGCACUUGGCCAUUAUUAAUUUGAAUAUGAAUGCAUCUUUCGAUUAUUAGGGCAAAUGAUGGAUAAUAUAAAUAUGAUUGAUAAUCAUUAAAAGAAAAUUAUAGACGAGACAGAAGACAGAAUUAACAGAUUUGGACUGGGGUGAAGUGACUAGACAACUGGUGAUAAAAUACAAACCUUUUGUCACCAAGCCUAGUGAUUUUAUGUAUUCAUAGCUGACUUACAUUUUCUUGACCCUAAAGAUGAUUAAUAAUGUUGAUAAUUGCUCUAAUAAAAACCACUAACAAGUCUUAAAUGUGACCCUGGACCACAAAACCAGUCAUAAGUAUCACAGGUUUAUUUGUAAACAAUACUAUAUAAAUACAAUACUAUACAUUGUAUGUGUCAAAAUUAUCUAUUUUUUACAUGACAAAAUCAUAAGGAUAUAAGCAUAUAUGGGUGAU